CGAAUUCUAUCAAGCAGAUAUUACGACACAUUUUCACUGUCGCAAUGGCAGACGCAGUCACACCCAACGCAACGUUCGUACAUUGCACAUCGUACGAACUGCGCAAGGUGUGAGUAGAAACUAACGACGCGUGUAGUGUCUAUGUCCGCAACUUGGACGAGAAGGUCAAGAUUCCCGCUCUGACCUCGGCGCUGAAGGAAGUCUUCAGUGAGUGCGGGACUGUCGUCGAUGUCAUCGCAAAGAGCAGCGUAAAGCGCAAAGGGCAGGCAUUCGUUGUGUUUGAGGACGUCUCCGAGGCGCAAGAUGCAGUGGAAAUUCUACAAGGCUUCGAUCUCUUGGGCCGACCAAUGGAGCUCGCAUUCGCGAAGACGAAGAGUGAUUGGACUGUCUUGAAGGAAGGAGGCGAGGCUGCACUCGAGCAGCACAAGAAACACCGUCUGGCGGAGAAAGAGCGCAAGCAAGCUGCCGAAGCAGCUGCUGCCGCCGCGAAGCCUGCGAAACGCGCUGCCGACCCAUCGUCUCUCGCCGAGCGUCCCGCGAAGGCCACGAAAGCGACUGGCGCCGCUGCAAUGGCAGACGAAUACUUGCCGCCCAACAAGAUCCUCAUCUUGCGCGAGCUUCCAGAAGACUACACGAAGGAGGCACUCACUGCGGUGUUCCAGCGGUAUCCUGGCUUCAAGGAAGUGCGUAUGGUGCCUGGGCGUAAGGGCCUGGCUUUUGCAGAGUACACUGAGGAGAGCGAGGCGAUUACUGCCAAGGAGGCAAUGAAUGGGGCGAACUUGGGAGAUAAGACUAUCAGGGUCACUUUCCAGAGACAGUAG